AUGCUUAUUUUUGUUGUCAUGGAAACAGAGGAUCAAUAUUUAUUUAUUGCCACAGAGAUUUUCAGUCUGAUUACACAUUUUUCUCCUCCACCUUCGUCUUCUUCUUCCUUCCUUAAUCUGAUUCUCUCUCUCUAUCUCUCUUUUCUCUUUCAACGCUUUUUUCUCUCUAUUUCUCUUUUCUCUUUCAACACAUUUUUCUCUCUAUCUCUCUUUUCUCUUUCAACGCUUUUUUCUCUCUAUCUCUCUUUUCUCUUUCAACACAUUUUUCUCUCUAUCUCUCUUUUCUCUUUCAACACAUUUUUCUCUCUAUCUCUUUUCUCUUUCAACACUUUUUUCUCUAUCUCUCUUUUUUCUCUUUCAACACAUUUUCUCUCUUUCUCUUUUCUCUUUCAACGCUUUUCUCUAUCUCUCUUUUUCUCUUUCAACACAUUUUCUCUCUAUCUCUUUUUCUCUUUCAACGCUUUUUUUCUCUCUCUCUCUUUUCUCUUUCAACACAUUUUUCUCUAUCUCUCUUUUCUCUUUCAACACAUUUUCUCUCUUCUCUUCUCUUUCAACGCUUUCUCUCUUUCUCUUUUCUCUUUCAACACAUUUUUCUCUCUAUCUCUCUUUUCUCUUUCAACACAUUUUUCUCUCUAUCUCUCUUUUCUCUUUCAACGCUUUUUUCUCUCUAUCUCUCUUUUCUCUUUCAACACAUUUUUCUCUCUAUCUCUCUUCUCUUUCAACGCUUUUUUCUCUCUAUCUCUCUUUUCUCUUUCAACACAUUUUUCUCUCUAUCUCUCUUUUCUCUUUCAACACAUUUUUCUCUCUAUCUCUCUUUUCUCUUUCAACACUUUUUUCUUUCUUUCAAGACAAAUCUUCUGGCUGGGAUCAAAGUGA